UCUACAACACAGGAUCUUUCACUUCUGAUCCAACUCGAAACGCUAGGACACCAAAACAACCAGACAUGGAGGAGUCCCCGACAGGUUUCAGGUUCUAUCCAACGGAGGAAGAGCUCAUUUCCUUCUACUUGCACAACCAGCUUCACGGCCUCAAGCAAGCCAAGCUUCACCGUGUCAUCCCGGUGCUCGACAUUUUCGACACCGAGCCAUGGAAUCUCCCACAGCUUGCGGGAGAACUGUGCAGAGAAGACAGAGAGCAGUGGUUCUUCUUCGCGCCAAUGCAGGAGAGGGAGGAGAGAGGAGGCCGGCCCAGCCGGAGCAUGGCCACCGGCUACUGGAAGGGCACCGGGUCUCCCGGUUACGUCUACUCGUCUGACAACAAGGUGAUCGGCGUGAAGAAAUCCAUGGUUUUCUACGUGGGAAAACCUCCCGCAGGAAGAAAGACCCAGUGGAAAUUGAACGAGUACAGGGCCAUUGAACUCUGGCCCACCAAUCCCAAUUCCACGGGCAGUAACGUUUCCAUUCCUAAGCUCAGGCGUGAAUUCACUUUGUGCCGAAUCUACGUGGCGUCCGAGAGCUCUCGAGCAUUUGAUCGACGGCCUAUGGAAGCAGUGGCCAGAGAGACAUCAAUCAAGGGUGGCGACGCCUCCGCUAGCAGUGGAAGCGGUGGACGUGGAGAUGCAUCAUCGGCAGGAGUAGCAGCAGGUAAUGCAGAAAGUUCCAAUCACUGGGAGACGACAAGUCUGGAUGAAAUUUGGGAUUGGGAGCAACUGGAUUGGCUCUAA